UAGUGUGUAUUCUAGAGGAAAAGAUUUAUAGCUUGGCUAGUUUUAUCAUCAAUCUAACAUGAAGCCUUCAGAAAUACGCUUCAGUCAAGACGAUAUUGCGCCUAACUUUACUAAUGGCGAGAAUAUUCAUGAAGUUAUCGGUGAAAUCUUGCGCGGAGAGACUUCUGUUUACCCGUUCCAGCCGAUCUCUGUUUGGUACGAAAACGGUUCAUGGUAUUCUGAAAAUAAUCGUCGACUUUACAUGUUUCGAGUCUUGGAAUAUGAAGGGAAAGUAAAUGAUAUAUGUGUAGAAGAGACAUCGCCCCCAGGAUGGCGCCCAAAUACGUCAGAUAAUGAUGGAGUCAGUAUUCGAUUACGUGGAGGAGUGAAGACAUAUCAUCACAGCAUUGAAGAUAUAUAUAAGGCUGCAAGGGGCAGGACACAGUCUGUAUACCAAAGUCCCGGGAGCAGAGGAGAUCAUCGGAGAGGGCAGGAUGUCGCCACGAGUGAUCAGGGCUCUGGCUGGGGUUCUGCCUUGAUGACCGGGGGAGCACUUUUAGCUGGAGCGGCUGCAGUCAUGGCGGCAUCUAGUGCAUCUAACAGAGAAAAUAAUCAAAAUGACAGACGUCGUCAACAACAGCAACCCGAAAAUCCGAGAAAUGAAGAAUGCGCCAUCCAGUGAUAUGAAGAUAUUUUUGAGUUGCAUACUUUUGUUGAAUAUAUUCAUAAAGAUAUCAGAAACUAAGUGUAAUUGUAAAUAAACAAAAUUUAAAAUUUAUUGAUGUAUAUGAUAAAACAAGGUUUCCCA